AACAAUAAUGCAGCAUCAAGUACUUCAACUAGUCGCACACCACAAGGUUCAACAGAACCUACUGAUGCAAGCCAGCACGCUUGCAGCAUUACCACGGGCGAUGGUAAGGCUAAAGUAUUGGAAAAGCCAUGGGCCCUCAUCUAUCACUUCGGUGAGGCGAACUGACAACGAUGACAAGAACUUCGCGAUUAGUGGCCCAGUCCCUCCAAAUGUCUCAAAUGCCACAGGUCGUCUCAAAUAUUUUUUGAAAACUUUCAUCCAGAAGUCUUCUUUGUCGUCUGUGAUAAUGACCAACAGGUUCAAUGUUGUGUUUAUUCUUGGAGGACCAGGUGCCGGCAAGGGCACACAAUGUGCCAAUAUAGUUGAAAAUUUUGAUUAUGGACAUUUGUCUGCUGGAGAUCUCCUCAGGGCUGAGCGCAAUGACUCCAAUUCUCAGUAUGGAGCAUUGAUUGAUAAACACAUUAAAGAAGGCAGCAUUGUGCCUGUGUCAAUCACUUGCUCCCUACUCAAGAAGGCAAUGGAAGCCAGUGGUAAAAAUAAUUUUCUUAUUGAUGGAUUUCCUCGCAACAAAGACAACUUGGCUGGCUGGGAUUCUGAGAUGACUGAAACUGCUACAGUGAAACUUGUGCUCUACUUUACCUGCAGUGAAGAUGUUUGUGUACAGCGUUGCUUGAAACGAGGGGAAACAAGUGGUAGAGCUGAUGACAAUAUUGAAUCUUUGAAAAAACGUAUCAUGACUUUUAACAGUUCAACCAAGCCUGUUAUUGAUCAUUACAAAAAGUUGGGCUUAGUCAAGGAAGUUUUGGCUGAAUCAGGUCCUUCUGAGGUUUUUGAGGAAGUAAAAACUAUUUUUGAUAACUUAUGAAAAGAAAUGAACACGUCAUUUGUUUUUAUUGAAACUGAAGGGAAGCAAUGCAUCAAUCUUUAUCAAUAUUUAAAUCUGCGAAAUUUUUUGUUUAUUUUUAGAUAGCAGUCAUUUCCUUCAUAUACAUUUUGUUUUAUAUUUGAUUUUUGCUUCUUUUUAUUUUCCCUUCCCCAUAUAUGGUAAACAAAAUAAAACCAUAACUUUUCCAGGGCACUUGGGCAGUUUAUACACAUUUAUUAUUCAAGUGCAGAAACAACCACACAAUAGCUGUUGUCAUUGUGUGUCCCUUGUCUAUUGAUACCACUAUCUUGCAUCUAGAAAUAUUUGAUAAUUUACAUUGCAGUAUUUUAUUGCAUUGAGUUCCCUUAAAGUUAUAAAAUAAUUGUUGGAAAACCGACUAGUGUAUUGGUGAAUGAUGAUAUUCCUAUUGCUAAUGGUUAUAAUGUAUUGGUGACCAAGGGUAUUCCUAUAGCUACAUACCACUUUACAAACUGGUGUUGUUCACAUGGUCAUGAAGUCAUUUAAAAAUUCGAGUAGGGGUGCUCCUUGUUUUAAUGGAUUUCAGCUUUUUUCAUAUGUGUUCAUGUAUUUACAGCAUAUAAAAUCAUUGUAUGAACAAAAUAUAUACAUAUAUAUUUAACAAUU